CAGGACAUUCAAAAAGUUAGGUAAGUGUACUAUCCCAGGUUCCACCUAAUUUCAGGCACUCCCAUUUUGAAAAUGUUGACCUAUGUGCCUUUCACUAUGCUGUACCUCAGGCUUAUAACAAUCUCUCCAUGUUGUAUAGCAACUAGGUGUUUUAUUCAGAUUUUGGUUGAAAAUAUACUUCUCUUGUGAGAUAGUUCAGCAAGACUCCACCAGAGGAAAAAAAACCCUGUUUCAUGUUGAGACUAUGCCUUCACAUGGUUGAGGAGUACUAUGCCUGACCUAAGCCUAUGGGAAUAAAAAGUAUUUCUUCCUUUCUUUUGUACAGCCCUGAGCGCCAGGGGCAGAUGCACAGAAAGGUCAGGGAGUCAGUCAGCUUUCCCAGAUGUUCCCACCAAUUAGUUAAUGUAUAGGCUCCUCCAAUCCAUGACUUCUUCCCCUGCAUGACUGUUUCCUUCUCUCUUGCUUCAGGGACCUCCAUAAACAACAUUUCUGGAUCUGAGCCUGCUGGAAACACAGCCAACUUGCUGACUGUUGCCACAGAACAAGAGCUGGUAAGUCACUGUUCCAGCUAAAAUAAUUUUUCUGGUAUGUUGUUGAGAUGCCUUAAAUUAAAUGACCUUGUAACAGCCCAUGGGACUAAUUUGCUUUAAGCUGAAUAUUCCCCACCCUCGGCAAGGGGAAUUUUGUUUGAAUGUCCUUGAAUUCCCUGGAAGUAUAGGAACCUACUCUGGCAUGCAGCUAGACUAAACUUCUGGGUGUCUUCCAAGAACAGAACCUGACCUCUGAUGUAUAGGACUGCUGUCCUGCAUUGCAAAACCCUUUGCCUUCAGUCGUGAACUGAUCACUCCUUAACAGAACUACAAGGCAGGCUCAGAUCAAACCUGUGUGAUGUGAAAACAGCAGGAUUAUGGAACAAGCUGCACAGCAUCCGCAGUGAUAUUUGGAAGUGCGAGGCUGCUCGUUGGUUACCUACAGCUCUUCUAAAAUCGUGUACAUUCUUUAAGUGCAAUGCAAUUUAGAUACCGUAUUUCACUGAGAAAACAGGUAACCUUCCCUGAAGAUCAUUCUGCUAUCCACCACCUGUGGAUGUGCUUGGUUUUAGCAUAGUUCUGCUUAGAUCUGCAGCAUAUCGCUUCUCGAUAUUCAUUAUCGUGAUGCUACAUCUGACCGCCAACAAGCUUCCAGUAAGAGUGGAGCUAAACAACCGAAUGGAUGGUGAGCUAUUUAACCUCAGCUGAUUCCAAGCCAAGGCCAAGACUACCCUGACCUCAAUCAUUGAGCGCCAAUAUGCUGAUGAUGCUAUAUUAGUGUAUGAUCACUUGACAGCAGAUCGUCAGGCAAUCGUUGAUGUCUUUACUGAGGCUUACAAGAAAAUGGGACUGAUGCUUAACAUUCAAAAGACUAAGUUACUCCAUCAACAAGCUCUUAAUGAGCAAUCCCCAGCUCCAGUCAUUCAGAUUUACAGUGAGACUCUGGAGAACAUUGAGUAUUUUCCUACCUUGGAAGCUAUCUCUUGAAGAAGGCUGACAUCAAUAAAGAAAUCCAAGAUUGCCUCAAAUGUGCAAGUGCAGCCUUUAGAUGCCUGAGGAAAUGGGUGUUCAAAGAUUAUUACAUUAGAUUCAAAACAAAGUUCAUGGUUUAUCAAGCAGUCCUGACCCCUACCUGACUGUACAAAGCUGAGAUGCAGACAAUGUACAGAAGACACCUUAAGUUGCUGGAGAAGUACCAUUAAUGGUAUUUAAGAAGAUCCUUUGAAUCCAGUGGGAAGACAGAACACCAACAUUAGCAUUUUUUUUAACGCAAACACCAUGAACAUCAAGGUGAUGAUCAAUAGACAUCAGCUUCACUGAGUUGGCCACAUCAUCCAGAUGUCUGACUCCAGACCCCUGAAGCAAGUUUUAUUUUCCCAGCUUAGUCAAGAAGUGCAGAGAAAGCACUUCAAGGAUGUUGUCAAGACCAACUUGAAAAAAUGCAACAUAGACAACUUGUGGGAGACUAUUGCCCAGGACUGCCCCAAAUGAAGGAAGAGUCUGCAGCAAGGCUUUCAAUACUUUGAAGCCUCACAACAGCAACAGGAGAUGGAAAAGUGGGAGCAGCAGAAACAGUGUGUUGCGAACCAAACCAAGAAUCCAGAGUCUCCCACCCUUCACAGAAACACAUACCUGAGUUACAAUAGGACCUUUCUACCCUAGAUUGGCUUUAUCAGCCAUCUUCAGACUUACAGAUAAGACAAUCAUGGAAGACAAUCAUCUUCAACUGCGAGGGAUUGCCAAUGCUGGUACUAGAGUGUGCCCUUGUGGCAGAGCACAAUAGGGGUAGGGUGGGCUGCAGCAGGCUAAGGUGGUGCCUGCAUGGAAGACAGCCUGGCACCACCCUGGAGGUCUUAUUUUAAGGGAGAAGGUGUGUGGUGAAGCACCAGUAGGGUACUUCCCACUUAAGGACUAUCAGAAUGCUCUGCCACUUUAAGACCUGGAUUAGGUAGCAGGCAGGUGCGGCCCAGCUGUGACAAGUGGCCAUUUUAAGCUUCAGGCCAGCAGGGUUGGAGGCAACAGUUUGCUGCCAGACACUGAGGAAACAACAUUUCCUGUAGGAGCUGCUGCUCCAAGAAUAACGCGGAGAAUAACCCCCUGCUGUGCAUAUAAGCAGGAACUGAACCUCAGCUCUUGAGCACUAAAUGCAGAAGUCUUGAACACUUGAAACAUCCUGAAGCCAGAGGCAAGCUGACAGUUACUAGAGGAAAAGACAUGCACUAAUGGAAGAAGAGGAUAAAGAUGUCACUUAUAUCCCCAUCAUCAAUGAGGCCCCCAGCAAAAUUCUGGAGACUGAUGCAAACACCUUGCAAAAAACCUUGGUUCUCAAGAAAGAGAUUGAAGUCGAUCGUGUCACAGCAGAGCUUAUUGCUAAGAGGCAAGAGUUUAGAGAGCGGAUGGAAGCUGUGGCCCGACGGAGAGCAGAGUUCACCAAAAAGCAACAGGAUUGCAGGACUCAAGCUCUUAAAUUUGACAAGUUUCUUAAGGACACUGCUGUGAAGAGGCGGUGUGCAGUCCAGAAAUAUCAAGCAGAAGCAAAGCUGAAUGAAAUGAAAGAGAGAGAAAUAAAUAAAUUGGUUGCAGAGCUUGAAAAGCUGAGAGUCAGGCAACAGAAACUGCAGAAGAAAGUGGAAAAAUACAAAGUGUAUGAGGAUUUUCUACUGAAAAUAACUGAUAAGUUGCCUGACAACUACCUGGAAUAUGGUGAAGAGUCUCUGGUAAGAGCUAUCAUCAGGAGGCACGAGACACUGUCAACUACAAAUCAGAGCUUGAUAAAAAACUUGAUCGCCUUGUCAGAUGACUAUGAAAAAGGCCAGCAUGACCUUGAAGCCUUGCAACGGGAACACGACACCAGAAAACUUAUGCUGAUUAGUGAACUCUCUGAACUUCAGAUAAAGAGCCACAGAAUACAGGAGAAAAAUAAACAGCUGGAAUUGAAUAUUAGGAAUAAUAAAGGGUACCUCAGAUACCAGAGUCAAGAACUAGGCAGCCUGUGGUUAGCUAUCUCCAAUCUGGCUGAGCAGUGCUACAUGCUGCACUAUGGUCGCUUACAGGAAAUGGGAUUGUUGUCAAAGCUGGAUAUGAUCCAAGAAUACAUUCUAGAAAAAAUGCAAAUUGAGCAGUUAGCAACACGCACUGAUGGAUCCAGAAUGUUGCAGUCUAGUCCCAGGAGCAAAACACAGCACAGAAAAAUAGGAGCAACCAAGGUGAAGUCACAAAGCCAAGUUCCAGCUGGCAGUGGUGGCAUAAUACAAACUCCUAAAAACAAGUUGAAAGUAUCAGUGUGACACCUUUAAACUAUGUACUGUGGUUUCCAAAACAACAGAACAGAUGAAAUCUGGAAGAUUAAGUAUCAGGCGUCUUAACUUUUCUUAAUGUAAAUAGCUCCUUUCCGCUGCUUUCAUUUUUCUUCCAUGCACAUGGAUGUUUGGCACGGGGGAACAGUCAUUGGACGGUAGGUCUAAAGUUAAAGGAAACAUGCUGAAAAAUAAAUGAAGUAUUUCAUAAAUGAGCAGCAGCAGCAGCACACUGAUCCUGCUACAUGUACAGAUACGUAGGAUAAAUAUAUGUACAUCUAUGAUAUGAUUAAAAAUUGGUUGCUAUAUUUCAUUUGUCUCUGGAAAUGAUAUACAGCUUGUGAUGUUAAUUAAUUAAUUGCUUGUAAAACAUAGUUUGGUCCUCCACUGCAAUUAGCUAUGUAAUUGCAAUUUAUU